AAACCCGCGAACAGUGACGGUUAUUUCACCGAUUAUGUAUGUGUGCGAGCAUUGCCGCUGUAUAAAUGCUGCCGUCGAUCGCGCCGCCGUUAAAUUCUGUCACGAUAAUCUCAAAACGAACUGAAGCGACUGCGCCAGGAAAGCCAUGUGUUCUCCGAGCAAAGCAACAGCAAACGGAAUCCGAUUGCGCUGUAAAUGUAUCAGGAACCGAGAUCCCGGAAUGAAGAAAGCGAACCGUCCAGGGGUCUCCGCCCCAAGGACUGCAGGGACGAGUAAGACCCAGACAGGAGAGCGGGUGAAGAGCGACAUCACCACCAUGGGCACUGCGACCAAGACAUCCACCAGGAGCUCUGCCACUGCACCUCUGUCGAAGGUGAAGAGCAGUGAUGAUCUGACCACUGUGGCUGCAGGCGGGGUACCUGUGAGCAACAGCACCGGUGCCAAAACCACCAAAAAGAGCAGCUCCACUCUCCCAGCCUCCAGCACCACCACCUGCACUUCCAGCCUGGAGGGGAAAGCCAGGGCAGGGCACCCGCAUGGCUCCUCAUCCAAACGGGGUACGUCAUCUGUCCCCAAGGAUCGUCCGCGAGAGCGCUCCCGAGCUGCUGGGAGCAGCAAGCUCUCGAAUGCAGUGGGUCCCAGCGACGUCACUCAAGCCAGGCGCACACGCAGCCGGGCUCUGGCUGAGUCUGAGGCUCGCAUGAGCAAGUCCAAGUCGGACGGGCAGAUCAGCGACCGAGCGGAGCUGGAGUCCAAGGUGACGGACCUGGUGGGCGUGGCCAAGAGCAAGGAGGCAGAGAUCCAGCGUCUGAAGGGCGCUCUGCGGGACGUGAGGGCGCGGCUGGGCCUGGGUGAUGAGGACGACCCGCCCAGAGAGAGGGACGGCUCCGCCCCCAUCAGCACCGCGGACGUGGGCUCCACCUUGCUCCUGCUGCAGGGCCAGAACCAGGGGAUCCGUGGAGAGCUGGACCUGCUGAAGAGAGAGAACCGCAUGCUGAAGGACCGGCUCAACGCGCUGGGCUUCUCCCUGGAGCAGCGAGCAGACGGGCCUGAGAGGACCUCCGGCGGCCUGUCGCCCAGCCCCGAGCCGGGUGUGGACGACCUGCUCCACGACCCGCCCCGCCACAGCGGCUCCACAGACAACCUGGACAGCGAGUCCAGCGAGGUGUACCCGCCCGUCACCUCCAGCGACGACGCCCUGGACGCGCCCUCCGGCUCCUCCUCGGGCUCAGAGUCGGAGGGCGCCCCGCCAGGCCGCCAGCGCCGCCGCGAGGGCAGCAGCAGCAGCGUCAGCGAGGUGUCGGUGGCCUGCCUGACGGAGCGCAUCCACCAGAUGGAGGAGAACCAACACAGCACGGCCGAGGAGCUGCAGGCCACGCUGCAGGAGCUGGCCGACCUGCAGCAGAUCGCCCAGGAGCUGAACGCGGAGAGCGAGCGCCUGGGCGAGGAGAGGGCCGUGCUGGUGGACUCCCUGUGCCAGCAGGGCGACCGGCUGGAGCUGUACGGCCGGCAGGCGGAGUACUUCCGCUCGCUGCUGGACGAGCACCGCGUGGCCUACGCCGUGGACGAGGACGUGAAGAGCGGCCGCUACCUGGAGCUGGAGCAGCGCUACGCCGAGCUGGUGGAGAGCGCCCGCUUCGAGCGCGAGCAGCUGCUCGGCGUGCAGCAGCACCUGAGCCGCGCCCUGAAGAUGGCGGAGCAGGACAACGCCGAGGCGCAGGAGAUGAUCGGGGCGCUGAAGCAGCGGAACCUGCUGGCGGAGCGGGCGGCCGAGGCGGAGCGGCGCGACCGGGCCGAGCUGGCCGCCGCGCUGGAGGGGUGCCGGGCGGCGGCGGGCGGCGACCGGGCCGAGCUCAGCCGCUGCAGGGCGCAGCUGGAGCAGGAGAGGCAGAGGGUGGCGGAGCUGUACUCCAUCCACAGCGCCGGGGACAGGACUGACAUAAGCCACCUGCUGGACAGCCUGCAGCAGGACAAGGAGGAUGCGGAGAGAAAGGCCAUGCAGCUGGGGGAGGAGCUGGAACACACCCGCAAUGAGACCGCCCGAAUGCAGGACACCCUGCAAAAGAUGGAGCUGGAGUUCCGGGGUUUCCGGGAGGAGGUGCAGCAGCAGCUUGCUGACCAGCAGCGGGCUCUGGAGCGCCAGAGGGUGGAGCUGCAGGAGAAGGAGGCGGAGAUCGGGGAGAUGAAGGACACCAUCUUCGAGCUGGAGGACGAGGUGGAGCAGCACCGCACUGUCAAGCUCCAUGACAACCUCAUCAUCUCUGACCUGGAGAACUCCGUUAAAAAGCUGCAGGACCAAAAGUACGACAUGGAACGGGAGAUUAAGAUUCUGAACCGCAAGCUCCGGGAGGAGUCAGCGGAGUGGCGGCAGUUCCAGGCCGACCUGCAGACCGCCGUGGUCAUCGCUAAUGACAUUAAGUCAGAGGCUCAGGAGGAAAUAGGAGACCUACGGCGCCGCCUACAGGAGGUUCAGGAGAAGAACCAGCGACUCAGCGCUGAGCUGGAGGAGCUCAAGAACCGCAAGCAGGAAGAGGAGAGGGGCCGUGUAUAUAACUACAUGAACGCGGUGGAGAGGGACCUAGCCGCUCUGAGACAGGGAAUGGGACUCAGCCGCCGCUCCUCCACCUCCUCCGAACCCUCGCCCACCGUCAAGACCCUCAUCAAGUCCUUUGACAACGCCUCUCAAGGUCCACUUCCAAGCGCAACUACAGCAGCUGUUGCAGCUGCUGCAGUUGUUGCCACGGCGAUGCCCCGGACACCCCUGAGCCCCAGCCCACUGAAGACUCCGCCCGCUGCAGCCGUCUCUCCUAUACAGAGACACACCCUCAGUGGGAGCGCACCCAAAGCUCUUUCCUCACUGGUGGACAAAAGACCAAGCUAUGCGGAGAUCAGCGUGCCAGCAGAGCACCUCCUCCGUCCAUCACCUGGACCUCGCCCUGGCUCUGCCCUUCAGAGAGUUCCCAACAUGGACUCCUCUAAGGCCAUCCCAGCGUGUCUGAGCGACGGCAUCGUGCGCCGGAGUGGCGAGGAGGUGAAGAGGGACAUGUCUGUGCCUGAGAGCAGCCCCGCCCUCUCCCUCAUGUCCACACCCUCAGCCUCGCCCACCGCUUCCGUCACGCCCACCACACGCGGACGCCUGCGCGAGGAGCGCAAGGACCCGCUGUCUGCGCUGGCGCGGGAGUACGGAGGAUCCAAGAGGAACGCGCUGCUCAAGUGGUGCCAGAAGAAGACAGAAGGGUACCAGAACAUUGACAUCACCAACUUCAGCAGCAGCUGGAAUGACGGCCUGGCUUUCUGUGCUGUCCUGCACACCUACCUGCCUGCCCACAUUCCCUACCUAGAACUCAGCAACCAGGACAAGAAACGGAACUUCACUCUGGCCUUCCAGGCAGCAGAGAGUGUCGGAAUCAAAUCCACAUUGGACAUCAGUGAGAUGGUACGGACGGAGAGGCCCGACUGGCAGAGCGUGAUGACCUAUGUCACCUCCAUCUACAAAUAUUUUGAGACCUGACCCCUCACCCCUCCUGCAGAGACUCUGCUGCUUUUGGGUUACGCCACAUUCCUGUCCGUCAGCCUUGAACUGUCAGCCAAUAAGCACACUCCGCCAAGAUACCUCAACCAAUAGGAAGGGGUAAAGGAGACUCUUGGCUUUCACAUUGUCUGAAGCUGAAAUUGUGAUCUUCCAGUGCAUGGCCUUCUCUCUUUCCUGCACCCGACAUGAAAAAGCAAGGGAGAGCGAGCGGACAGCUGUGCGACUGAGUGGUCACUGAACUCCUUAAAGUGUUUAUUUGCCUUAUGCCGCCACAUCUCAGCAGAACCAUGCGCUGUGCGUCAAAGCACCUUUCCCUGGCCAUCUUUCUUUCCUCUUAGCUGCCAGGCUCCAUGGCCCAUGCAGGUGGGAAAUGGAUCACCAUUUCUAUUUCCGGUUUGUACGCGCAUCCCUGCUUCGGUGCCUUUUCCCCUCUGCUGGUUGAGCAACAUCAUCGGCUGUGCUGCCUCAACCUGGCAGGAGGCCGAAAAACCCUCAGCUAAGCUGCUCUUCAUGCCACUGUUCAUCCCAGUGCAGUCUGCUGGCAUCACGUAGGCGACACAUAACAUGACCUUAAGAGAAACACUAUCAGAAGGUUGCAUCUCAGCCAGGUGGCUACUGAGACAGCACACCUAAGACCUCUUGCCUUUUGAAAGGUCCUGUAUUUGUCGUAAUUACAGAUUGAGUUGCCUUGUGGAUAUGGUAUUUGGCACAUUACUGAACUGAUAGGUCACAAGGAGUACUGUAAGUAUGGCACUAAGCCUUCCCUGGUCCAUAGUGCUUGGUGCUGUGGUAUCACUGAGAUGGAGUUGCGUUUUGACCCUACAACACACUGUUCGUGAGACUGCUUCAUACCACAGCCACUGAACUGCAGCCUUGGCCCCAAGCGGUGCAGUUGGCAAAGCAUUUGCCUUGAGCACAGCCUGAGCCCUAUGGCCUAGGAUUAAUACCAGCCGUGUCAUUUGUUGACAAUGACCAGGAUGCCACAGAGGUAGAGUGGGUUGGCUUUGCUACACUGGGGAUAGGGUUGGGUAGGUCAGCCAGGGUUUCCUCAUCUCGCUGUUCUCAGGCACACUGCGAUUCUUCAGGACCACCACAAGGGCUGUCAUGCAGUGUGCAAAUCCAUCUUGCUCUUAAGUGUUAAGCUUUUCAGAGGUGUGAA